UUGCGACGGUGACACGAAGAAGAGACGCUGAGGAGGAAGCGAGUUUAGCAGUAACAACAAACAACCCAACAAAGCAACCAAGUGGCAAGUGGCAGCAACUUCAGGCGGCCGGGAAAUCUUUGUUCUUGUUGUUGUUGUUGUUGUCGUCGACGACAGAUGAACAAAACCGCCUACUUGUACACCUCCGACUUUAUGCUAUAACGCGCGCAAGUGCUGCGUUUGAGACGUCGAGCACUCUUGUCGCGUAGAGGAUUUAACUGUUAUCUAACGUUGACCAAAACACACACACAAAAAAAAAAAAACAACCAAACAAAUCGCGCCUCAGAUAUCGGUACUGUUCAAGACCUCGGCCGCCGCUCGAUUGUCGACUGUGACAUGUGAGAGAGCAAAGGGAGAAGUCUGGGAGCCAUUUCAACAACGCAACGGUGCGGUCACAUUAGCAUCUGAGCGGGUGCAAGCAACUUUCGAAGGAUGCUUGGUGGUGGCGGUGGGCCGUGGAUGGGCGCGCACUGGACGCUCCUUUCCAUCGCGUUCUGCUGCUUAACUCCCUUGAGCACGCAUGCAUAUAUCUACGCUCAUUAUAGAAAUAUCACCAUGUUGUUUGAGGAUCUACCGGCACUGUUUGGGUCACCGCUUCCCAAGGAAGGAAUCAUGGGAUUCUUGGUGGUGGCCCGUCCUCUUAACGGCUGCGCGACAAUCGAGCCCCCCCCUCCGCUGCCCCCGUUUUAUGACGCCAACAUCACCAAAUUCGUAGCGCUCAUCCGACGCUACGAUUGCAAUUUCGAUCGAAAGGUCCUGCAUGCCCAGCAAGCCGGCUACAGCGCCGCCAUCGUCCACAACAUGUACUCGGACUCCUUGCUCAAUAUGAACUACAGCAACGAUAGUAUCGCAGAGGAGAUUGACAUCCCCUCUGUGUUUACCAGCUACUACGCAUCGCAAGUUCUGAAGAAUUUCAUCAUCCCAGAACAAGGCGCCUACGUGAUUCUCAAGCCAGAGUUUGCUUUCCCACUGUCAUACUACCUCAUUCCCUUCACCGGAGUGGUUGGCAUGAUCAUCCUUGUCAUGUUUAUCAUCUUGGUUGUACGCUGUGCACAGCACAGAAAGAGGCUGAGGAAAAACCGCUUGUCCAAGGAACAACUGAAGCGGAUUCCUACUCACAAAUUCACCAAAGGGGAUGACUACGACGUGUGUGCCAUAUGCUUAGACGAGUACGAAGAAGGAGACAAACUGCGGGUUUUACCCUGUUCGCAUGCCUACCACUGCAAGUGUGUGGACCCGUGGCUGACCCAGACCAAGAAAACCUGCCCCGUGUGCAAACAGCGAGUCACCCGCAGCAACCCGGAGCACUCGGAGUCCGAGUCCGACGAGGAAAGCGCAGCCCGUGGAGAAGAAGAAGAAGAAGAAGGAGAAGAAGAAGGGACGGAGGGUGAGGCGGACUCGGAGCGCACGCCUCUGCUGCGCGCUUCCGACCCCGCGGGCCCGGGGGCCUAUUCCGCCACGACGGUGACCACCGCUCAGUGCGUGGCCUCGCCGGCUCACAGCGACUCCUCCGUCCUGGGUUUGGAAGGCUACUAUUCGCCCCAGGAGGACACGGACUCAGAAGGCGAUGAUGACGCGGGCGAAGUCGACGGAGACGCCGCUCGGCUCAUCGGGGGGGCCGCGGCGCACGUCUGAGGGCGGGGCCGGCGGCUUGACUUAACCCGCUCAAAAGUCGGCAAUUUUACCAACACGCGAAUGGAUCCCUUUUGUCUAAAAAGCGUCAUUAGCGAUGGACGCGUAUCGAAAUCUGCGCCGCAAAUGCAACGAUUGAAAGUAGGAAGUCACCGAUUGGGUGAAUGCUGAGCUCAAAACUGAAGCGAUGUCGAGAGAAGGAAUCGCACGCCGUCUUCUCUGCAUCCUGAUUCCUUUCAGCGCUUUAGUCCGUCCGUCCCCUUCAUCUGUCUUGUAUUGCACACUUUAGAUUUUCUUACACAAGAAUGGAUAUCUCUAUCCAUAUAUAUAUAUAUAUAUAUGAAUACACACAAAAAUAUAGUUUGUGGCCAGGGAGGGUGGCUUUUGAAGUUAUAGUGUUCUUCAAGUAUAAAUGUUUUUUGUCAAGUAUCCUGCCCCCCCCCCGCUAAUAUUUUUGGACCCUUAUCAACCACAGCUUUUUCUAACUCAUGAAAACCGCUGACUUGAAAAGAAAACCAACUUUGCCAUCCCGCCGGUGCGUCACGAUUUACUUUAAUACGGUCAGAGAAACACGCGUGACGAGAUUUUUCCACGGGUGCGGUCGCUUGUUCGCUUCUGCAAUUUCUUCAUGGCAUCACAAACUGUUUGUGUAAUGGAAGUUGGAAAUAUUUUCAAGUAGUGGCAAACACUUUGCCUUACUUUGGCCUCUUUGUACACUCCUAGUUUUUGUCUCAAGUGUAUGUUCUUUCUAUUGUUUUUUUUUUUUUUUGAAUGUAAUAGAAGUCCUUCACCUCCAUGAGUGUGAGCAAUGGAGAGUGUUAGUCAUCCAUAUUUUGCGCACACAAGAAGACAUUUUGUGUCACGUUCCCCUCCGUUGGUCUGGGUGCGCUCGACACAGUUUAUGAUUCAAAAUGUAAAAGUGCGAGCACAUUUUUAACAGACUGGUUGGCUGCUUGGUGUGAAUCCAUUUUCCGCUUUCCAUUUGAGAUUGUAGUCACGGAUGGGAUAUCUGUUCUAAAUAUGGUGUUUCUCUGUCAUUUCUGUUCUACGCUUGAUUACGUGGAAGUGUGCGUCGUCGGCGUUCUCCCGGGCGUCAAAGAAGGAAUUCCGAUUUUUUUUCCCCAUUUGUGUGUACUCGCAUCGUAAAGUAAUUGCUUUGUCCAUUUAAACAUUACGUUCACGUUUAACCAUUUCCUAUUUAAUUUACUGACAUUCUUGUUUGCCUGUCUGGCCUGCUACAAUAACUUGCUUUUAAAAAAAAAUGCAGAUUAAUUUUAACAGAUGAAUCUCUGAAUGCCACAUUUUCUUUCUUUUACAAUUUAUGCUCAUCAGACUUCAUACAUUUUGAUGUUGUAUAAUGAAAAUGUGAUGAUGGUGAUGAUGUCAUAGUCAACGGGAAGCAGGUAUUUAAUCCCUCAUCAAUGGAAGAUUAAAUUGAAAAUGA